AUGCACGCCGUUCUGCUGGCACGAACACCCAUCGCACGUAGGGUCGUCUCCCAGUCUGUACGAUGUCUGGCGUCCAAGCCCCCGCCGCCGCCGAAGGUACCAGCGAUGGAACCCCAGCGUCCCCCUCCUCCAGCGCCAGCGCCGUCUCCGUCGCUGCCGAGCUUGGACUUUGCACCAUCAACGGAGGAGGAAAUGCGACGGGAGAGAACGGGCGCGCGCUCGUCGAAGGAUUCUUUGUCGAGCAUCGAACGAAGACGGCGGUUCAUGGCGCGGGGUGCUAUGCUCGUGGCGGUCAUUGGUGCUGGCGUGGAAACGUGGUACAUGGGCCGGGAUUGGGAGGCAGAUGAGCUAAAGGCUAAGAAGCUGAGAAUAGAAGAUGCACCGUCUACACGGUGGGGGAGGACGAAGGAACGAUUCACAAGCAUGUUUGAUUUCUUCACGGAGCCCCUCUGGCCAGAAUUAUUGCCCCCUCCACUGCCUGGACAGAUGCAGAAGCCGUAUACACUACUUGUCUCCGUUGAUGACCUCCUCGUAACAUCAACUUGGGAUCGUCAACAUGGCUGGCGAACGGCAAAACGACCAGGUGUAGAUUAUUUCCUAGCCUAUCUAUCACAGUUUUAUGAGAUUGUGAUAUUCACAACUCAAUAUCACUACACUGCUACUCCUAUAAUUGAGAAACUAGACCCGUACCAGUUCUACAUCAGCUACAGACUCUUCCGCGAUGCUACUCGCUCCAUUAAUGGACAGCCUAUCAAGGAUCUGACAUACCUCAACCGAGACCUGUCAAAGGUCAUCUUACUGGACGCACAUCCAGAACAUAUCUCUGCGCAGCCAGAAAACGCCGUCGUUAUUCCCAAGUGGACGGGCGAAGUACGCGACAAGGGUCUUAUUGCUAUGAUCCCAUUCCUUGAAUCGAUUGCGAUAUACAAGCCUCAAGAUGUCCGGCCGAUUCUCGAAGCGUAUCACGGGCAGGACAUACCAAUAGAGUAUGCGAAGAAAGAGGCUGAGGCUACGCGGAAGCAUAUCGAGGAAUGGGAAAAUAACCGAAGGGGCUUUUCGACCAGCUCGUUUACCUUGAGCAAUCUAUUUGGCGGGCCAGGCCAGCCACAGAACACCUCUCCAGUCCCUCCAACCUACCUAGAACAGAAGCGGCGUGAGGCGCAGCUGCAGUACCAAGAGGAGCAGUCAUACAUCCAUGCGAACAAGGACAACUUCGACCGGUUGAUCAAGGAGGAUCAGGAGGCCAUGGCGAAGGAGAUGUCAGGCACAUUCUGGGGCGUUGCGGAGGCAUUCCUGCGCGGUGGACCGCCAAAGAAGGAGGGCGAGGGCGCACAGCCUAAAGCUGGCAAGGGUUCAGAGGUGUCCGUGCCUGUCACCGAUGGGAAAACGUCCCCGUAA